AUACCAGGGAAUUUGUCCGUUCAAGGAAACUGACAAACAACGUUUUCGCUCUUUCACCAAUUCUGGAUAGAUAUCGCAAACAAUAAUAACAUCUGUUUUAAAGGAAGUUCAAACCAAAAGAUCAAAACUAAUAUCACCCCACGUCAUGUCCGGAACAGACAGACGUAGCACUGAGGACGGCGUUGCCAGGAAACAAAAGGAACCAAACUCCCUAGUCUGCGUCACAACUUUCCUGGAACUCGUGGUUCUGGCUUUUGUAAUUUUGGUUGAGCUCUUGAUCAGAUUAACAAACAUUUUCCCUCUCCGACGUCAGCCAUUUUUGUGUGUGGACGAGACCAUUAGUCGGCAGACGUCACGUUCUCAAUACAUUGGGUUUGCCUUUGACUCCGACCUUCCAGAUGCAAUUGUCUAUUCUCUCAGCUUCUGUCUACCACUGUUUAUUAUUUUAGCAGGGGAGGUUGGUCUAUGGGCGUUUGCGGAGGAUCGACAGAGAACAAUCCGGGUUUUAUGUCGGAACUGCAGGGUGCCUCAAGUCACACGCAGACUAGUCAGGUUUGUAGGUGUUUUCAUAUUUGGAGCAUUUAUCUUAAUGGUGUUUGUUGAUGUCACAAAGCUGAUGACAGGGCGACUACGACCAAACUUCCUGGAACUGUGCAAAAUAAACAAGACGGCGUGUAGACUCAAUGGAAACCAAGGCGAUGACAGUAUGUGCCUGGAGAAAGACGAGAUGGCGAUAAAGCAUGCGAGAUCCUCAUUUCCUUCGAUGGAUGCUGCCUUGUCAUCGUACGCAGCUAUAUUCAUUUCGACCUAUGUUCACGGUGCAUUGCGGAGUCGGUCAGUCCGCGUCCUCCGGCCAUUCCUGACGUUCCUGUUCUGUAUGCUGUCUCUGCUGUGUGGAUUGGUCAAACUCGGCAUUGGUUCAAGCCAUUGGACGGACAUUGCCGCAGGAUUUGCCACUGGGUCUUUCAUCGCACUUUACUUAGGUCGUUAUGUUCUACGGGGGUUUAAUGAGCAAGUGGAGGAGGAAAAAGUCAUGUCUCAGCUUGAACAAAUUCUACAGGAGCAACGACUUUUGGAGCAAAUGAUGAAAGAGCUUGGCACUCCACCAUCGUUACCUUUGCAAGGUUAUCAGAUACCAAGGGCACACACGGACGACAGGUGGCGCCCCAUUAACAUCAAGGCUUAGAACAACAGUACAAGAGUCCUGUAAAUUGAAGACUGAGCCAUGUCGUGACAAUCACCAAUUUAUCGAUUCUUUCCACCGUUUCUUCCUUCUGUUGAUGAGCAGUGAUUGAACUAAAGUUGCUUGUAAAUUUUGUUUAUCAAUACCAUUUAUCAGGGUUUUCGUCAGCGAUCUGUUUUGUGUGGAUUAUAGAUAUAAUUUACAUCGUGACUUUUUAUCCCUAGUUCCCACUUUGUCGGAGGUUACAAUUCAUGGUGUUGAUAUGCCAAAUACAGCAUAGGACUAACUCUUCUGAAAAUAUCUGACACUAGAAUCUACACGAAAUGUGUUUAUUUGGUCGAUUCCAAUCCAUAUUCCCCUUUAUUUGCUAGAACUAGUACAUGUAUGUCGAUAUAUCAAUUCAAAAGCCUGUAUCUCAUAUUAGCUUUUUAUUUGGAAUUUUAUCGCCUCUCUCUCGAGUUGCUCGUACUUCAGCAUCAUGAAGUUUCCGUAAAUGUUAGAUUACGGGCGGGGAACUUCCGCUAGGUAGCUUAUCUCCCCUGUUAUCAUUGUACAUGUAAGAUCGUUUCAUUUGUCCUGUCAAUGACGUUUCCGCAGGAUGUUAGACGAUUAUAAAUCAACAGGCUGCUUCAUCGUUAGAUUGGAACUGACUUUAGUAUAAUGGUUCACAGGAGUGUAUCGCAUAGAGGGACUGGCUUAUCUGAUGAUAAUGGAAAUUUUAUUCAAAACUAUCUGAUAACUGUAUUCAGGUAGCACAUUGGUGCUGGUAGAGAGCAUAAAAAUAAAGUUGUCAAAGG